AUGGCAAAAGAACGCCUUUCCAACGACGGGCGUGCAGUCUGGGGUGAGAAAGGCCCACGAGUCGCUAUAAUCGAAGGCCGUAACAGCGACUGGAGCAAAGAGAACACCGCGUUCCAGCCUCCAGGCGAGCAAAUACUUUGGUACGAUCGGUACCUAGACCGUCUUGACGAUGCGUACGAUGCCCUCCUCGCCCUGGUCAAGGCGCCUAAAUUCCGCCGAUUGACCGCCAUCGUCAUCUGUGCCACAAUACUCACAUGGAGCAUGUGGACGAAAGUCGUCUGGCCAUGGAUAGAGGAGGAAAGAGCGGCAUGGGACAUAUACAAUACCCAGGAAUCUGGCGAAAAGACACAAUUCGGCGUCAAUGCGCACCCACACCUUGGCCUUAUACAGACGGAAGAGCUGGAUCCCAAAUACCUGCCAGGCGGCGCAAAGGCAGAUAAGUCACGGAGAUUGAUCUUCAUCGGCGAUAUACACGGUUGCCACAAGGAGCUAUUGGAGCUUUUGAUCAAGGCGAAGUACGACCACAACAGAGAUCAUAUUAUUUCUGUAGGUGAUAUUGUCACGAAAGGGCCGGACAGUUCUGGCGUUAUCGACUUCUUGAUGGAACAAGAGGCAUCGGUCGUUCGUGGAAAUCACGAUGAUAAGCUCAUUCUGAUUGCAGAGCAGCGGCACAAGUCUAAACGCGAGGGAGAGAUGGAAGCUGAGCACAAGAAGAAGCAUAAGAAGAAUACACACGAGGCAAUCGCUCACGCCCUGACGAAGAAGCAGCUCAAGUUCAUGCAAUCGUUUCCGUUGAUCCUCAAAGUCGGUCAGAUCAAGGGAAUAGGCGAGAUUGUCGUGGUUCACGCUGGCUUGGUUCCAGGUGUACCACUAAAGUCACAAGAUCCCGCCUCGAUUAUGAACAUGCGGUCGAUAGAUUUGCGCACGCAUGUUCCGUCCAAGCUGCACCACGGCAAGCAUUCUCGACCCUGGUUCUCGAUUUGGAACAAGUUUCAGAGGCUUCAGAAGUAUUGGAAGAACUCGAAGGACAGGACGUCGCACCAACCGCUGACGGUCGUGUACGGUCAUGACGCUCGGAUGGGUUUACAGGUGUCAAAAUACUCCAAAGGUCUAGAUUCGAAUUGCGCUAGGGGUGGUCAUCUCACUGCUUUGGUUGUUGACGAGCAUGGCAAGCAGAAAAUUGUUCAGGUGUCUUGCAAGAAGGAUUACACAGUCGAUUCGGAGGCUUGA